AUGCCGCCGCCGACUGAGCUACCGACGCAGACUGAGGUACCGCCUGAGUUUAGAGACUCCUACCUAGGAUCAGACAACUACCCGCUCAACCACGUGAGAGCCAGUUCGUAUGGACGAGCCAGUCUAUUGGACCAAAGGAACAGACUCAUAGAUCGGGGAGAAACUCUCUUCGUCAGCGAUGAAAAGGCCAAGAUCCCGAUUCGCGACAUAACUGGAGCUGGCGGAGUCCGCAAAAACAAUGUAUUGAACGACGGCCAUCUGAAAGAGCUUCUUGGCGAGUUGACCGUACCAAAUCCACGAAACCUUGAUCUGUCUCCCAGAGUGUUGGCAUUUAAGAGAGACGAAAAAUGCCGCUUUGUAUUCCUCAUUGCCGAGAACGCUUUGGCGCCUCUGGAAGCGCGACCGGAGAUGUUGAUGCGUCUCUUGACCUUUUACCAAGUCAUGCCACAGUUUCUGGACUUUCUCUAUAUCUAUGGAUCCCCACAUGGCGAAGACAAAAACCUCCGGUUCAGUGGCUUCAGAACAGAAAAGGUUCUCAUCAAUCCCGCACCGGGGACGUGCAUUCCAGAUAUGGGCCGAAGCGGGAGGAGAUUUCAGAUUUGCUACAACCUGAAGACUGUAGGACUCAAAUUUGAGCAACCGGGACAGGAGGUCAACAAGGUCUGGAAAAUCAGGCAAGCAGCUAUCCACCAUCAGUUCGACGUCGGAUCCGGGGUCCAGAACUGGAUACUUGGAGAUCCACACGCGGUGGUCAAAGGCCUUAUCCAGGAGCUUUUCCCAGAGAAGCGGAACCAUUCUUCCAGAUUCGGGACUACAGAGCAGUCGCUGUUGUCAUCUCUAGAGGUACACCUUGUUCUGGCGAGGUGGGCGACGUCAGGAUGGAGGUGGAACGUGCAGUCACUUGAAGAAAUCAUCGAUAACCUGACUCUCAAGAUCAUUUCCAUACAAAAGUCGAACUUGGAGACACUUGAUUCUGAAUCUCUGGGGAUCGUCCAAGAGUGGGAAGACAAGACCAAUGAAACCAUCAUGGUGAUGGAGUCGAACGCCGACAUCUUGACGAUGCUGAGGAAAUUCUACAUGGAACUUGUCAAGGACCAGAACUUUCCGAGCAGUGAACUCCAAGCUGGCACACAAGCGGUGAAUGAUUUUGCAUCUCAACUCAAUGAGAUGAUAUACGACACCCAAAUGCAAAUCUCUAGGGCCCAGGUUUUGGUCAAGAUCGUGGCAGACAGGAAGGCAAUCCUCAUUCAACACAUGCAGGCCCAGGCAGCAUUGGGUGCAUCAAAGCUCACAGCGAGCAUGUACGACCAAGCCGAUCGAAGUGCCAUAGAAGCAGUUGCCAUGCGCAUCGUGACAGUUGUCACACUGAUCUACCUUCCAGCAACUUUUUCCAGUACUUUCUUCAGCACAAAUGUUGUGAAAUAUCAAGAUGGAGUCAAGUUUUCCGGGGUUGCAUUCGAAAGAUUCCUUCAAGUAACUAUUCCUUUGAUGUUUGUCACCUUCCUCCUUGCAGGAGUUUGGUUCUGGUGGGAAUUGCAAAGGAGAAGACGAAGCUCCAUGGCGACCAGAAGUGCGAACCCAGAUGCCUUCCCUCUAUAUGAGGUUGUGUCUGGGAAAGAAUCGCGAUAG